AAUCAGUAACACCGGAAAUGCAGUUCGUGAAAGCGAUCUUCUUGCUGAGCUGUCUCCUAAUUGUGAGGGAUAAUCAUGUGAAGGCAGGAGUUGAUCUGUUUGUAGUACUUGACUGCGGUGAAAUUAUUAUUGAAGGUGCCGGCUACGUUGCUGAGAGGGGCAGAGCCUUAAUAGAGGAGUUGGCAAAAUGCAUAGAAUUUGAUCUCCAUUCUAAAGAAAAUCUGAAUUUUUUGGGGCUAGUGCGCAUCUUUAACCAGUUCCUCAGAAAAGUGAGCACCAACCCAUUUUGCAUACAGAAAACGAUGAAAAGAGUUGGGAACUAUAUAAGACCGUACGUGAAUCAAUAUAAAGAAGAGAAAUGCAUGUUCGGUAAGAAUUCCACAACAAAAUCUCAUAAACCAAACAAAACUAACGGAGAUGAAAAUUAAAAUAAACACAUUUAAUUUAAA